AUGCUGAAUCUAGUUACAUUUGGUAUUAUUCUUGCCCACGCAGGAAUCGCUUACUCUGAACCUCAACUUUAUGAGGUAAAUGACAGAAAAUUCUUGCAAUAGAGUUUCACAAUGCCCAAACAUUUGAGUGAGGGCUUAAAUACCAGACCAAUUAUAGGUGUGCUGACUCAACCUUUAUCAGAGGAUCAAAAAUCUGAUCACAGAUACAAAGGAAAGACCUCUUAUAUAAUGUCAUCCUACAUCGAUUACUUAAAGAGUGCUGGAGCAAGAACUGUUCCUCUUAUCUAUGAUGGUAAUUUGGAUGAUGAGCUCGCCAAGAUUGAUCACCUGAAUGGAGUCUUCUAUUGUGGUGGAUCAGGAGCAGGUGCAUAUGAUGUCUUCGGCAAAAAAGUAUUUGAGAAGGUAAAGAAAAUGAAUGACGAGGGUAAUUACCUACCAAUCUGGGGAACAUGCCUAGGUUUCGAAGACCUAGCAAUGUAUGCUUCAGACAACUCAGAUAAGACUUUGAGUCCAUUCAAUGCUGAUGAUGAGAGUUACUCUAUUAGCUAUUUAGUUCCUCCCAAGGAUACCAAAAUGUACUCAAUUCUCGGAGACGAUGCCCAUGUUUUCGAGAAAUAUAAUAUCACAUACAAUCAUCAUUCAUAUGGAGUCAGUCCAGAUGCUUUUAAUCUAGAUUAAGGUCUUGCAUCCAUCUUUACCCCAACCUCUAUUUCUUAUGAUGAUGAUGGCAAGCCAUUUGUAGCUUCCAUGGAAAGCAAAUAAUAUCCAUUCUACGCCACUCAGUUCCACCCAGAGAAGGCUCAGUUUAUCUUUUACCCAAAGACUAAGAUUGAUCACUCAACAAUCUCUAUUUUCUACAAUAGAUACUUCGGCGAUAUGUUUGUGAACCAAUGCAAACAAAACAACAAUCAUUUCAAGUCUUACGAGGUUGAGGAAUCUUUCAGAACUGAGAAUUUCGGCACUGUUGUUACUAAAGCUUACGAUGGUGUUGAUUUUGUCUUCUGA